UAUAAGUAAUUAUAAUAAUUACCUAAUUAUUGUCGUACAAUCAAAUUAAUGCGUUUGAUAAUAACCAAAGGACAAUAUUAGUGAGUAGGUAUGACAAAUGCAAUUCUAGCUGUCAGAUAUUUUCAUCAAAUAAUAAUAUAUUUGCUAUAUAAUAUUACUUGUAUAGAAGUAGUUGAAAGUUAGUGGUGUGCGUGUGUUUUUUUCCUUUAAAAAAAAUUGUUGUUUCUUUAUUGUAUGAAAAUGGCUUUGCAAAAUAUUUUUUUAUUAUCAAAUCGCUCAACACUAAACUUAAAAGAAGCCAUUAAAUUACUUAAAAAACCAAAUUUAAACAAUGAUGACGUAGUGCAGUGUUAUAACUUAGAAGCAAAACCAGGUUUGUGGUAUAUGUGUGCAUACAAUCAAAGAUCUAAAGACGGUAUUGAAUGGCAAUCAACAGGUACUCGUUCAUUGCCUAAUGAAAAAAAUCCCACCGUACUGGCCGAAUACUUUUCAUUCGAAAAAUUGAAUAAAAGUGUAUUUAGACUAACGAAUACAAACGAUAUUGUCUUGGUUAACUAUUCAGAUUUGAACUCUACAGUUGAGAAAACAAAAAGAACACAUACUUCUAAAAAAAAAUCUAUCAAAAAUAUUAUGAAAAGCCGUUUCAAACUAAUAAAAAAAAAUAAUAAUUCUGUUUCUAAUGAAGUAAUUAAACAUGAAUCCACAGAAAAAUAUGUCAGCAACAAUUUUGGACAAUAUUUAGGAGAUGAUGGUUCCCUUCCAGGAGGUUCCACCUUUGUGCAGUCUACAGCCCAAAUAGUAAAAUCUGCUCCGAGUGCUCCGACUUUAUCGCAAUUCAAUGAUGGUGCCGUUAGUAAUGCAUUAUCCAAUGAAGAUAGUCUGAUUCAACAAUCUGUUUACCCUAAUAUUGAAACUAUUAUUAUGCAUGAUGAAAAUAAUUUAGAAAUAAGUGGUAUCAAUGCAAUUAAUGAAGUCAGUUCUUACGAGGUUGUUAAAGAAAAUCUUAGCGCAGAGAAUACGUUAAAAAAAUAUACUGGUAGGCGUAUCGUUGAUAUGAUGUUUAUAUUCAAACAAAUAAAAAAAAGUCGACACAUAGGUGGUUUCGGUUGUACUUUUUUGGAUAUGCAAUUUGUAUCCGAAAAGCAGAGUGGUUUUAGGUCUUCGUUCAAGUUUGCAUGCGAAAUGUGUAACUGUGAAUUAAUCAUUUAUUCAGAAGAAAAGGUGCCUUCUUCAUACAUUCCAAUAAAUGAAGCAAUUGUUAGUGGUACAAUUGCAGCUGGUAUUGGGUAUUCACAGUUGUCAGAAUUAACAGCAUCAUUAGAUGUUCCUUGUAUGUCAAACACCACAUAUAACGUAGUUCUUUCUAAAAUGGGUGAUACAAUACACGAUGCUGCAUUACAAGAGAUGAAACUAGCAGGGGAGGAGGAAAGAAAGUUUGCUAUUGAAACUGGUUGUUUUGAUGAUGAUGGUGUACCAAUGUGUACUGUGAUCGCUGACGGACAAUGGUCAAAACGAUCUUAUAAGACCAAAUAUGACGCAUUGUCUGGAGUUGCUACAAUAAUAGGUUACAAAUCAAAAAAAAUUUUGUUUAUUGGUAUACGUAAUCGCUAUUGCGUAGUAUGUCAAAGAGCUGCUAAUAAAAAAACAACUGUACCUGACCAUACGUGUUUUUUAAAUUGGACUAAAGGAGCAACUAGUAUGGAAGCUGAUGCAAUAGCUGAAGGAUUCAAACGAAGUGUAGAAAUGCAUGGUCUUAAAUUCAAUAAAUUAAUCGGUGAUGGAGAUUCUAGUGUCACUAGACGAUUACGUGAAUUAAUGCCAUAUGGACCUAAUCUAUUAGUUGAAAAAAUUGAAUGCCGCAAUCAUCUAUUGCGUAAUUACGGAACUAAAUUAGCUGCAAUGAUUAAAAAUACUAAUUAUCCUAUAACAUUGAGAAAUCACAUAAAAAACAAUCAAUUACGAUUUAGAUUUGCUAUUACUAAAGCAAUUGAGUAUCGUAAUAAAUUGGAAAAUCAAACAAAAGCUCAAAAAAUAUUUGGUUUAAGAAGAGAUAUAACGAAUAGCUUUUUACAUAUUCUUGGCGAUCAUAAGCAAUGUGAAAAAUACUUUUGUAAUGGUUCAAAAUUGAAUGAAAUUAAUUAUUUUUCAUUAGCAAACAAAUCGGGUCUUCUACAAGAAUUUAGUCAAAUUGUUAGUCGUUUAGCUAACAAUGCAGACAGCUUAUUAAUGAACGUAGAUAAUAAUAUCUGCGAACAAUUUAACAGUGUAAUAAAUAAACAUCUAUCUGGAAAACGGAUUAAUUUUUCACAAAGGCAGUCCUACAAUAUACGAGUAGAAGCUGCUGUAUUGUCACAUAAUACUGCAGGGAAAUAUAUACGUAGUAUUCAUAAGAGUAUUGUGAAUGAUAUCAGUCCUGGUAAUAUAGGUAAAAAGUUUUUAGAGUCAAAAACGAACAAGAUGCAAAAUACACGUAAACGAAAACUAUUUCAAGAACAUAGACCUAAAAAUGUAGCAAGUUCUGGUCCAGACCAAAAUUAUGGACUAGUAGAGACUUUAAUUGACGAUAUAACACCGGAAGAAAUUAAUAAAAGAAAAAAAACUUUUUUAGAUACACUUAAUUUAACUCCGUCCAAUAGAUUGGCAUUAGAAUUUGAAACGAGAAUUCAAUCAAAUUCUCAAAGGUGGCAUAAAGAAAGACGUAAUCGCUUAACAGCAUCAAACUUUGGACGCAUAUGCAAAAUGAGAACAUCAACAUCUUGUAAAAAUACUGUUUAUGAUCUAUUGUAUAGAACUUUCACAUCAAAAGCCACAGAGUAUGGAAAAUUAAUGGAAUCGGUAGCCAUUAAAGAAGCAGAAAAAAAAAUUGGACAAACAAUAAAUACAUGUGGACUUUUCAUUGAUGUCAACCAACCAUUUUUAGCUGCUUCUCCUGAUGGGAUAAUAGGUGAAGAUAGUUUAGUGGAAUAAAAUGUCCGUUUUUAGCAAAAGAUUGUGACAACUAUGUAGAAGCCUUAAAUGAAAAAAAGCUACCCAAUUGUACGUUAGUUCAUGGCGAAUUGCGUUUAAAAACUAGUAGUAAUUAUUACUACCAGGUGCAAGGACAAAUGCAUAUAUGUCAAAAAAAAAAUGUUAUUUUGUUACUUACACCAAUAAAUGGUUAAAUAUCGAGUGCAUAACCUACGAUGAAGAAUUUUGGCAGAAACAAAUGGAGACUAAGUUAGAAAAUUUUUACAUGAAUUGCAUAUUACCAGAAAUCAUAAAUCCACAGUAUGGUAAACGCCUAUUGGUAGACGAUAUAAAAGACCCAAAAGAAGACAGAAAAUAAUCAAUAUAAUACAAUAUACAUCUACGUCAAUACUCCUUUUAUUAUUAUUUAUAAUAAUUAUAUUUAUGUAUUAGGUAUAUAGAUAUUACAAUGAGUAUACUUACGGUUAUUGGGCUAUAUUAGUAUAUCUCAUUGGUAUCUUAUAUGGAUCACUCUAAUAAUAAAUUUAUGAAUAUAAUACCUACAUACAAGUAUAGGUAUAAUAAAGUAUAAACUAUUGUUUUUUGUUUCAACUAUUUAGAUUUUGUUUGAUGAAAAAUCAUAAAAUUGCUGUAUGAAUUUAUGUUUAGUAGUAUAUAAUCUACAAAAAAUCAUAAUUUUUCACUUAUCAAUAUAUAAAUAUAUAAUAGGUACAUUAUAAAUAGAUAAUAGAUAUAGGUACUUUAAAUUUUAUUUUAUUUAACAUUUUGUUGUGUAAGAGAUUGCAUGCUCUAUAUAAUGGUAUAUAAAAAUAUUUAAGUAAAUAGGACUUAGAUAAAAACAAUUAACAAUUAUUGUGAUUUUUGCUCUAGGAACAUGUUAGUAGGUAAAAAUGUAUGUUAUUUUAUUAUUAUUCAUUCACACUGAAUCAUUAUUAAUCCCAAAUUUGGAAAAAGGUUGUUGAAAUCAGAUACAUUAGAACCAAUUUUAUUAGAAAAAAAUAAUUCAAGAUGCGUGGAAUAAAAAAACGAAAAAGAAAUAUUUGUUUUUACUAUUUUGUAUAAUUAUAUAAAUAUUUAUAGAUUAUAAAAUGAAAAAAUUAUGUAUUUUUAAGUGUAUUUAAGUAGGUACAUGUUAUUGUGCUCAAUAUUCUAUUUUUCUUUGAAUUACCAAAAAAAUAUGUAAGUAGUUAGCAUUUCCACGUACAAAAGUGUUAUAUGUAUAAAAUGUACGCAAUACAUUUAAAUACUACAAAACUAAUAUUUAGAUAUUUAGGUAAUAUUGGUUUAGGUUAUUGUUAUAAAUUAGUUAUUAUUUACUGUAUAUAAAUAUUUCAUGAAGUAAAUAUCUUAUCAUGUAUUAUAAAUACAAAUCGCGUCGGAAACCGAGGGUAUUAAAAAUAUUACAGUUGAAUUUACCCAUUUACGUGUAUAUUUACGCGCGAUCCGUCAUAGACAAGGGUUCAAAUAAUAAUAAACAUCGCUCCCGAAUAAACACAAUCGUCGGCCGGCCGCCGACUACUAGUAGUGGGCGUGGUUAAAACGUCGCGUGCUUGCGGAUCGCGAAAACACCUAACAGCGCGUUCUCUCGGACGUUGUAUGCGUUUCACUUUUACUGUUGCGUCC